AUGGAUCUCGCCAACCUCCUCUCUCACAGCACGGCUGUCAAGCCGAUCUAUACUCCUCUCGAGUCCAGCUACUAUAAGCGCUCGCCGCCUCUAUCGCCGCCAGCCGAAGAGCCUAAAGUCUCAUUGCCUUCAAUCUCAUCUCUCUUUGAAGGUGCCGAUGGUGCUCAGCACGCAGCUAGUGAGUACUUCCAACCAUACUACAAACCAAAAACAUCCUCGCUAAUCCUAUACCUUCCAGAGCGCCAACGUCUCUCGCCAUCUCUCGGUGAGCGCCACGUCCGGGUCGGGUCCUACGAGCUGCCCCCAACACCACCUCUGCGCCCCGGCUCUGGCCACGCCCACCGCCGCGCAUCUCCCGUGGAGUCGCUCUCUCACAAGGAAGCGCACCGCCACCACCUGCACCGUUCCUCCAUCUCCAGCAACAGCUCUAUCCACAUCCCCCGCAACACAGCACCCUACGCCUCGCCUGCACCAAGCGUCUCAUCUUACACAUCUCCAAUCGACGCUCCCCAACAGCAAAUGUACUACCCUCGCCCACCAACCACAUCCUCAUUCCAACCCUCGACCCCAGCAUCAGCCCCCCAGAUGCCCACUGUCCAGGUCCAGGCGCAGCAGCCGCACUCGCACUCGCACUCGUCUUCGGCUCUCAUCUCCCCUGUCACCCCGGCCUGGCAACACCACCACUACUUCCCGCCCUCCACCUCAGCCCCGUACCAGCAGAACCACGACCGCUAUAUCUGCCGUACCUGCCACAAGGCUUUCUCGCGUCCUUCUUCCCUGCGCAUCCACUCCCACUCGCACACUGGCGAGAAGCCCUUCCGCUGCACACAUGCCGGCUGCGGUAAGGCUUUCUCUGUGCGUAGCAAUAUGAAGCGCCAUGAGCGUGGCUGCCACUCUGGUCGCCCGGGUCCUGCUCCUGCUGCAACUGCCAUUGUUGUAUAG